UUACUAGGGCUUUAGUAAAAGCAACCAAAAAAAAAAUUGUUGAACACGAAAACAAAAAUUGAUGAACACGAAAGAAAGAAAAUAAGAGUGGUUGUUAUUGCAGACAAAUCCAAAUCUCAAAAAUGGCGAACAUUUUGAAAUCCAAUUCAGCAAGAAUCGCACUUCGUUCAAUCUCUCACUCCUUGACGGCGCCGUCGUCAACUGCCGCUACCAACCACACUUCUUCACUCCCCUCUCGGUUAUCCUCCGUUCGAUUUCUUCGCAGUGGUCGAGAUGCUAUCUCAAGUAGUUAUGAAAUUGUUCCUCCGGUGAAUUGGGGGGUUCGGAUUGUGCCGGAGAAGAAAGCGUUUGUUAUUGAGCGAUUUGGGAAAUACGUUAAGACUCUUCCUUCUGGAAUCCAUUUUUUGAUCCCUUUUGUUGAUAGAAUUGCUUAUGUGCAUUCUUUAAAGGAAGAAGCUAUUAAAAUUCCUGAUCAAUCUGCUAUUACUAAGGAUAAUGUUACCAUUCUCAUCGACGGUGUGCUUUAUGUUAAGAUUGUGGAUCCUAAACUUGCUUCUUAUGGUGUUGAGAGUCCUCUUUAUGCUGUUAUUCAGCUGGCUCAAACAACUAUGCGUAGUGAACUCGGGAAGAUUACGCUUGACAAGACCUUUGCGGAAAGGGACACACUCAAUGAAAAGAUUGUGGAGUCCAUUAAUGUGGCUGCAAAAAGUUGGGGUCUAGAGUGCCUUCGAUAUGAAAUAAGUGAGUUUUUGGCAAUGUAUCAAUGUUCUUUAUCUUUUACUCGACAAUUUUUGUGUAAUUUCUUUUGUGGUUGUCUUUCUACAGGGGAUAUCUCUCCUCCACGUGGUGUGAAAGCAGCUAUGGAGAUGCAAGCAGAGGCAGAACGGAAAAAGAGAGCUCAAAUUCUUGAGUCCGAAGGAGAAAGGCAGGCUCAUAUAAACAUAGCUGAAGGAAAGAAGAGUUCAGUGAUCUUGGCAUCAGAAGCAGCUAUGGCAGAUCAAGCUAACAGAGCGAAAGGAGAGGCUGAAGCCAUCAUUGCCAAAGCAAGAGCGACAGCUGAAGGACUUGCUGUUGUUUCGCGAACCCUAAAUGGAAAUGGAGGACCGGAGGCAGCUAGUUUAAGGAUAGCAGAGCAAUAUAUUCAAGCUUUCGGUAAAAUAGCCAAGGAGGGCACCACUAUGUUGCUUCCUAGCUCUGCAUCCAAUCCUGCUAACAUGAUGGCUCAAGCCCUUACCAUGUAUAAAAGCCUGAUUGGUAAUGUUCCCAGUAAUAAGCACAGUGGGAUCGCUCCCUCUUCAAUAGCAGAACAAGAAGAAGGAAAUUAUGCAUCUGGCGAGGUUAAAGAUGAGAGCUCAGCAACCCUUACCACUACUAAUCAAAUCCCAGAUCAUCCCAGAACAUCUGGAUUCUCACUACAAAGCCCCCCACAUAAUGAGUAGUAUUUGAUUUUACUGAACUUGUCAUUCUAAUGACUUCAUUUGUUUUUUUGGUGUAUGGAUGUUAUUGUGAAAAUUGAGUUCGGAGUUCGGAGAGAGGGAAGUAGAAGAGUUUGAUUGGACUUUAUUUUUUAUUGCUAGCGUUGCGUUGAUAACAGGAUACACAUAGUUUAUGACUAGACAGUAGACAAUAAACAUCUCUUUCAUCGUAACUGUCAAAUUUGCGGAGUAAGAAAUGAAAAGAAAAGAAACUGUUAUGCUUUC